CUGGGCCCUGCCCGCUCAAAAACUUGACAAUUUUUUCAGCAGCCAACACUCUUCUCUCCUAUCCUCUUUCCUCCCUCCCUUUUCCCCCCAACACUCACCCACCCAAAAACCCUUUUGACCUCACCCAACCUCGACUGUGUGUUCAGUUUUCCUUUCCUUUUUGAAGAAGUCAUCGUUGUUUCUUCGAGAAGGCCACCUGCGAGGCUUUUCAUUUCGGGCCACGCUUAAUCGACAAAACACACCCCGUCGCGAAACGUAAUAGACGAGCGAAGAGACAAGAAACAUCUUCUUUUCUCUCUGCCCCGUGUUUUUGCACCUUUGCGACUUCGUCAAAUAGACACUUGCACUUUACAUUCGUCAUUCAUUCCUUGAUCGGAGUCACCUUUGCGUUCUCUUCUCAGGCUGAAUGACACUUGUCGGCGACUCUUGAGCCCCCCGACAUAUUGAACAACAAUCAACAACCACUUUUCACAACACCAACCGCGUCAACACGAUCUGUCAGCAACCUCGACCGCAAUCAUGGCUGAUCAACUCAACAUGGGAGGCCUUUCUCUCGGCCCCACCCCCCAGGAGCAGCACCCUCCUACCAAGCGAUCUUACAUCCCGCCUCAUAUGAGAGGUAGUCAGGGUCCCGGUCCCAUGAACGGUCCUCCCGCUGGUGGCCCUGGACCUAUGGCCGGACUGAACAGCAGCGCCUGGGCCAACAACAACUCCUACGACAACCGUCCCCAGUGGAACGGCCCCCCUCCUCGUAACAACGGGUUCAGGGGAGGUCCUCAGUCCUUCGACCCCAACGCGUACUCUGGUGCCGGUGGGCACGGUGGAGGCGGCGGCGGCGGCGGCGGUGGUGGCGGCCAAGCCAGGGGCUCUGGGGAUGGUCGCUGGCAGGACGGAAAACACGUUCCUGGCCCCGCCAACCCUCGUCUUGAGCGCGAGCUCUUCGGUACCCAAGACGACCCUUCCAAGCAACACACUGGUAUCAACUUUGAGAAGUACGACGACAUCCCCGUUGAGGCCUCGGGUCAGGACGUGCCUGAGCCUGUCCUUACCUUCUGCAACCCGCCUCUGGACGACCACCUGAUCUCCAACAUCGCGCUCGCCCGAUACACCAACCCAACCCCAGUGCAGAAGUACUCCAUCCCCAUCGUCAUGGGCGGCCGUGACCUGAUGGCUUGUGCUCAGACUGGUUCGGGCAAGACUGGUGGUUUCCUCUUCCCCAUCCUCUCUCAGGCCUACAAGACUGGCCCCUCUGCCAACCCCGCUGGCCAGGGCGGCUUCGGUCGUCAGCGCAAGGCUUACCCCACAUCUCUCAUCCUCGCCCCUACCCGUGAGCUGGUCUCUCAGAUCUACGACGAGGCAAGGAAGUUUGCUUACCGGUCCUGGGUGCGCCCCUGCGUCGUCUACGGUGGUGCCGACAUCGGUUCCCAGCUUCGUCAGAUCGAGCGUGGAUGCGAUCUCUUGGUGGCUACUCCGGGACGUCUGGUCGACCUCAUAGAGCGUGGUCGCAUCUCCCUGCAGAACAUCAAGUAUCUCGUUCUCGACGAGGCUGACCGCAUGCUUGACAUGGGUUUCGAGCCUCAGAUUCGACGUAUCGUGGAGGGUGAGGACAUGCCCGGUGUGCAGAACCGCCAAACCCUCAUGUUCUCCGCCACCUUCCCCCGCGACAUCCAGAUGCUUGCUCGCGACUUCCUCAAGGACUACGUCUUCCUUUCGGUUGGUCGUGUCGGUUCUACCUCCGAGAACAUCACCCAGAAGGUUGAGUACGUUGAGGAUAUCGACAAGCGCUCCGUCCUGCUAGACAUCCUGCACACCCAUGGUGCGGGCUUGACCCUGAUCUUCGUUGAGACCAAGCGCAUGGCGGACUCUCUGUCCGACUUCCUCAUCAACCAGAACUUCCCAGCCACGUCGAUUCACGGUGACCGCACCCAGCGUGAGCGUGAGCGCGCGCUCGACAUGUUCCGCAACGGCCGUUGCCCAAUCCUUGUCGCAACUGCCGUCGCUGCCCGUGGUCUCGAUAUUCCCAACGUCACGCACGUCGUGAACUAUGAUCUGCCCACCGACAUCGAUGACUACGUUCACCGUAUCGGUCGUACCGGCCGUGCUGGAAACACUGGUAUCUCUACUGCCUUCUUCAACCGCGGCAAUAGGGGUGUCGUACGGGACCUGAUCGAGCUCCUCAAGGAGGCCAACCAGGAGAUUCCGCAGUUCCUCGAGACCAUCGCUCGUGAGUCGUCGUUUGGCGGCCGUGGUGGUGGUGGCCGUGGCCGUGGCGGCGGCGGUCGUGGAGGCGGUGCCAACCGCGAUUUCCGAAAGUUCGGAGGUGGUGGUGGCGGCGGUGGCUUCGGUGGCGGCGGUCCUGGCUUCGGUGGCCCACCUCCCAGCGGCGGCUACGGUGGCGGCUACGGCGGACCACCUCCUGCCCCCAGCUACGGCGGCGGCGGCGGCGGCGGCUACGGCGGUGGCGGUGGCUACGGCGGUAGCUAUGGCAACCCUGGCGGCCCGGGUGGUCAGUCCUGGUGGUAAACAUCACCUCAAAACUCGAGGUGUCACGGUUUCCUUACGGCAUGUUUUCUUUUCCACUCGAAACCUUUCUCAGGCAUUAUUGCUUUCAUCGCAUACGAUCAUUCGCCUGUCGACCUUGUCCAUCUUCACUUUUCGGGACAAUCACGCGCGUAACGAACGAGUCCACUCGGAUAUUAUGCCGGGUCUUUAGAGUUGGCAUGCUCAGGUCCUCACACCGGUCUCAGUUAUCAGAGCGCUUGCAUUGGUUUUCUGCACGGCUCUGGAAACCUUCUUGAUACCCUUUAGAUGAGGGCUCUUCCGGAGAGCCAGGAUGAAUUACAGCAGAAGACCCCCGAGGCGUGCAGUUACGAGCGCAUCAUCAUCUGGGGGGAGACUUCCCUGGAUCUGAUCGAAGCAUUACGACGGUCACGUUUUUUACGCGCAUCAGACCAAAAGGGAAUUUGGUCUGAUAGAGAUGGAUCACGGUGGCUUGGCACCGCGUUUCGUUAAGUUUUCUUUUGCUUUUACAUUGGACGCAACAGGACACCAUAGACAAAAGUGGAUUUCUCGGAUCUUUCUGGUCGGGACGCGAGACAACGACGUCUACGGCGAGCACGGGGAACUAUGAUAGACAAGAUAGACAGGUUAAUCAGGGUCACGAACAGCUGGAAGACGACCAAUACUUCCAUCACACAAGAGCGAGCGAGGCUUUUCUCUUUUCAAGUUCCACUCGCGGAAUGGCGGAAAGGAAGAGAUGGGGCUUGGCUAGCUCUGCGAGCUUUUAUAAUUGGCACGCACACGAAGGAAGAUGCAUGGAAGGCUUUUGCUGUUGCCCAGGCGGAGGAAAGACUACGCGCCGGCCGGGGCCUUUGCAGGGAGUGAUACUGGUCUCUCAUGAUGGAUUGACUCCCGACGAGGGAGCGUGGCAGAAGAACGUUCUAUGACAGCAGUUUCCCCACAGUAGACAGGAUUGUCAGUCCGAUUCUGGUGGGCUGAGAUCUCCAGAAAAAAAAAGUUCGACUUUUGCAUUU